AUGAAAAACAUUAAUAUACCGCGUUCUAUACAGAUUUUAAUAGUCAUAGCUGUAUUGGAUGUAUUUGUAUAUCUAAAUGAAUGCAUGUAUGUUAACAAACAGAAAUAUAUCUCAAGAGAACAAGGAGAUGAAAAUGCAGAUUUUUCAUACCCAAUUAAAGUUGCACUUUUGCAUUUACUUGAUGGAUUACUUCAUGCUGCAUUUUACAUUGGCUUAUACUAUGGCUCAGGAGUUAUUACAGCAUUAAGUAAUUCAAAUUAUGAAACAAUUUCACUUUAUAUUUUACUUAGAUUUGCGAUGAUAAUCCUUCCAGUUGAACUAAUUAAACUAUAUUACGUUGAUACAUCGGCUGGUUUCAACAAAAUUACAAUUUCGUUUUACGUAUACAAAGAAUUAGUAGCUCAAUUUUUAAUAUUAAUGACUGCCUACGUAUACAUAUACCUAUUUAAUUACAUAUCAGAGAAAUUUUUGCCAUCAAAAGUAGAAUUAUCAAUAAUUGAUCCACAAAAUGAUGUAGCAACGAACAAUACUGAUGAAAACACGGAAAGCGCACCAAAGGUAUCAAGAAAAGAGAACAAAACAAUUGAAAAUUAUUAUCCUCAAUUUUUAAGAAUUUUGAUUAUAUAUUUCUUCAUUGCUUGUGCAGCUAGUCUUUGCAUAUACUCGGUCUACAAGAAUUUCUGGUAUGAUAAAGAUUGCAUUGUUGAACCAAACGGAAAAUUAAUGGGAUCAAUACAUUAUCUCAAUACUUCUCAAGGCAUAUCCUUGAACAGACCCAAGAUGAGAUUAGACUCGAUUCGUACAACUAAGUUAAAUGCUUAUUUUGGUGGAUUUUUAAAGAGAGAAAUUGUAAUUUCGGAUAAUACGAUUAACCACCUAUCAAAUCAUCAACUUGCGACGUUCCUUGCAGUUUGCUACUAUAGAGCAUGCAGUCAAGAAGGAAUUUUAGUAAUUAUUACAUAUUUAUUAGAAUUUGUGUCUUAUCUCCUAAUAAUUAACUAUAUAAUACGCAAUGAACUAAGUUACUCUUUCAAAUCGAAAGAUUUUCUUACAAUUGUUCUCCCAAUUUCAUUUGUCUAUUUUUAUCCAAUUCUUUGUUCAUUUGAUGUUCUCCGUGGUUUAAUUCAUAAGAGAAUAACAUAUAAUGCAGAUGAAUUUGCUUCUGAUUUUGGAUUUCAAAUCGCCGACACAAUUGUUAAUAUUUAUAUUAAAAAUAAAGAUGCUGUAGUGCACACACAUAUGUACACACUUAUUGCAAUGGAAGAACCAUCUCUUCAGGAUAGAUUGGUGAACAUUGCAGUCGCCAAGUCAAAAUAUCUGAUAGAAUAG